AUGGGCCACCCCGCAGCGCGGCAGGGUCAGUGGCGGUGGCGGUGGCCGCUUCUCCACCGCUCACAUGCCCUCCACCGCCUGCGUCGCGCUCUCUCUGAGCAGGCCUCGGUGGCGGCAGAGCGGCAGCCUCCGGCUCCCGCGUAUGCCACGUUCUCCCGCGUCUUCCAGUGCUGCGCCCAGGCAGGCCGGGAGGGCCUUGCCGCCGGCCGCGCUGCUCACGCGCGCAUGCUCGUGUCCGGGUUCGUUCCCACCACCUUCGUCUCGAACUGCCUCCUCCAGAUGUACGCGCGCUGCGCGGGCGCCGCGUGCGCACGGCGGGUGUUCGACGCGAUGCGCCACCGGGACACCGUGUCCUGGAACACCAUCCUCACCGCGUACUCGCACGCGGGGGACAUCUCCACCGCGAUCGCUCUCUUCGACGACAUGCCGGACCCGGACGUGGUGUCGUGGAACGCGCUCGUCUCCGGUUACUGCCAGCGCGGCAUGUUCUGGGAGCCGGUUGAUCUAUUCAUGGAGAUGGUUCGCCGUGGUGUUUCCCCAGACCGGACUACUUUUGCUAUCCUGCUCAAGUCGUGCAGCGCUUUGGAAGAGUUGCCACUUGGUGUUCAAGUCCAUGCAUUGGCAGUAAAGACGGGAUUAGAGAUCGAUGUCAGGACCGGAAGUGCUCUGGUGGACAUGUAUGGCAAAUGCAAGAGUUUGGAAGAUGCACUUUGCUUCUUCUAUGGUAUGCCUGAGAGGAACUGGGUCUCGUGGGGUGCAGCUAUUGCAGGAUGUGUUCAAAAUGAGCAGUAUGUGCGUGGACUAGAACUGUUCACUGAGAUGCAAAGGUUGGGGCUUGGGGUGAGCCAACCGGCUUAUGCUAGUGUCUUCAGAUCCUGUGCGGCAAUGUCAUGUCUGAACACUGGUAAGCAGUUGCAUGCACAUGCCAUUAAGAAUAAAUUUAGUUCCGACCGAGUUGUUGGGACAGCCAUUGUGGACGUUUAUGCUAAGGCUAAUAGCUUGGCAGACGCUAGAAGAGCAUUCUUUGGGUUGCCCAACCAUACGGUGGAGACAUGCAAUGCCAUGAUGGUUGGGCUUGUACGGGCAGGGCUAGGAGUUGAGGCAAUGGAGCUGUUUCAGUUUAUGGUUACGUCUAACAUUGGUUUUGAUGUAGUCAGCUUGUCAGGGGUAUUCAGUGCUUGUGCCGAGACUAAGGGUUACUUCCAAGGGCAGCAAGUUCACUGCUUAACAAUUAAAUCAGGUUUUGAUGUGGACAUCUGUGUCAAUAACGCAGUUCUCGAUCUGUAUGGGAAGUGCAAAGCACUGGCAGAAGCAUACCUUAUCUUCCAAGAUAUGAAGCAAAAAGAUUCAGUCUCUUGGAAUGCUAUUAUCGCAGCUCUUGAGCAAAAUGGGCAUUAUAAUGAUACUAUAAUACAUUUUAAUGAGAUGUUGCGCUUUGGUAUGAAACCAGAUGAUUUCACUUAUGGUAGUGUUCUUAAGGCUUGUGCAGCUUUACGGUCUUUGGAGUAUGGACUGAUGGUUCAUGACAAAGUUAUCAAGUCAGGACUUGGUUCAGAUGCAUUUGUAGCAAGCACUGUUGUCGACAUGUACUGCAAAUGCGGCAUAAUUGAUGAGGCUCAAAAACUUCAUGAUAGAAUCGGGAGGCAACAAGUUGUUUCAUGGAAUGCCAUUUUAUCUGGGUUUUCACUCAACAAAGAGAGUGAAGAAGCCCAGAAAUUCUUCUCCAAGAUGCUAGAUAUGGGUAUAAAGCCUGAUCAUUUCACGCUUGCCACUGUUCUUGAUACUUGUGCAAACCUUGCCACCAUUGAGCUCGGGAAACAAAUCCAUGGUCAGAUUAUCAAGCAAGAAAUGCUGGAUGAUGAAUAUAUAUCCAGCACCCUUGUAGAUAUGUAUGCUAAAUGUGGGGACAUGCCAGAUUCACUGCUAGUGUUUGAGAAGGCACAAAAACGGGAUUUUGUAUCAUGGAAUGCUAUGAUAUGUGGAUAUGCGCUCCAUGGGCUAGGAGUAGAAGCACUCAAGGUGUUUGAUAGGAUGCAAAAAGAGAAUGUAGUGCCAAACAAUGCUACUUUUGUUGCGGUACUUCGGGCAUGCAGCCAUGUUGGGUUGUUCAAUGAUGGUUGCCGCUACUUUCAUCUGAUGACCGCCCGUUACAAAUUGGAACCACAGCUGGAGCACUUUGCUUGUAUGGUGGAUAUACUAGGACGCUCAAAGGGCCCACGAGAAGCUGUGAAGUUUAUCAGCAGCAUGCCUUUUCCAGCUGAUGCAGUCAUAUGGAAGACUCUCCUCAGCAUCUGCAAGAUCCAUCAGGAUGUUGAGAUUGCUGAACUUGCUUCCAGCAAUGUUCUACUAUUGGAUCCUGAUGAUUCCUCAGUUUAUAUCCUUCUCUCAAAUGUAUAUGCGGAAUCAGGGAAAUGGGCUGAUGUUUCGAGGACAAGAAGGCUGUUGAAGCAGGGGCGUCUGAAGAAGGAGCCUGGCUGUAGCUGGAUUGAGGUGCAAAGCGAGAUGCAUGGUUUCCUUGUAGGAGAUAAGGCCCAUCCGAGAUCGGUUGAGCUAUAUGAGAUGUUGAAUGACUUGAUUGGUGAAAUGAAACUCUCUGGAUAUGAACCUGAUUCAGUUUUUGUUGAGUUUGAUGAAGAGGAGAGUGCACCAGAGCACGAUGACUCGCUUGGAGUUGUUGGUGGCUAAUCUGUUCAGAAGAUUUCACUCUGCUGUAUUUUGAGUCUACAGAUAAAUUUGACAUCCUAGCAGAGACCGUGGUACUGCAAAAGAUGCUGAUGCAGGAGUUCCCUAACUGUUCAUCGUGGUUAUGUCAGUACGAGCAUGUUCUUGUUGAUCUUACGGAAGCAUGCAACUGGAAACGUUGGCAUCAGGGCAAAAAAUGGCCAUGUCCCUAUAGUGAGUGAUGUGGAGUGAUGAACACAUAGCUUGUGCCUGAUACAGGCUUGAAUAGAGGUCCUUGACUAAAAUUAGCAGAAGAGUAAGUGCACAUGCUGCCCCUUUUCCUCAGUACACAUAUACGCAAAAGACAUACAAGAAGUAACAGAUCCCCCCCUCCCCCCCCC